AUGGAAGUCUUCACCCCUCCUUCCGCAGGGCUCCUCUCUUCCCCCUCCAAGAGAGCCAUGAUGCACCCAAGGGAGGCCUUUCGGGUGCCCUAUGGGUGCAGAUCCAGGCAGGCAGCCUUUCUCCCCCUGGAGCAGCCUGAGGACGAAAGGGCCCCCUCGGGACAGAGCUCUUUGUCCAAAAAGCUGCGCCCGCCAUCCCGGGUCAACGAGGUGACGCCCGCCUGCCCUCGUGGACUGGAGGGACCCCUGCAAACCGGCUCUGGGGCUGAGCUGGUUCAUGUGGUCUCCGUCCGUCCGGAAGAGGCCUGGGAAGAGGCAAAGGUCAGGCUCUUCCCAGCACUGAUCUCUCCUCCUCUCCCAGCUUCUCCUCCAUCUGCUGACCCUAACCACGUCUCCAUGGAUCUGAAACACGUCCCCGACCCACGAGAGCAGGGCUGGUAUUUGGGGCUGAUGGCCCCCAACAUCAAAGGCCCCAGCUUCGCCUGGCUGGACCCCUCCCGCCUCUACUGCCACCCCCAGGCCUUCCAGGACUGCGUGGAAGAUCUCCUGAAAACCUUUCGGGGUGACCCCAUUGACCUGGUUGCCGGCAUUGACGCAAUGGGCUUCAUCCUAGGCGCUGCCAUCGCCCACACCCUCAAGAAGGGCUUUUUGGCCAUACGCAAAGCCGGGCACCUGUGCGUGAAAACUCUCUCGAAGCCUUACAAGGACUACCAGGCUCGCGAGAAGGUGAUGGAGAUGCGGGCUGAUGCCAUCUCACCAGGCCUUCGUGUCUUGCUGGUGGACCAGUGGGUCGAGACCGGGGGGACCAUGCGGAGCGCCAUCCACCUGGUGGAAGAACAAGGCGGCCUAGUGGCAGGCAUCGCCGCCAUCUGCGUGGAGGACAGUGAGGGCGGGCUCUGGCUGAAAGACCACUACAAGUGGGCACACUGUGUGCCCCCCCAACUGAUGCCCCAGUUCAACGCUCACUGGCUGGACUCCUUCCAGGCCUUCAACCCCAACCAAGGACCGCAGUAGUGAGGAAGAAGCAGUUAAAUGCAUGUUCCCAAGGCGUGUCACAGCGACCCAAUAGUGGCAAGUUCCGUCUGUUUCCCGGGCCAUUAACCUCCGAGAUCCCGCAAGCUCGUAACUCCGAGACCAGUUUGGGAAUCUUGCCUGCGUGCCUUCCAGCUUAUCUGGCACUCCAUCAGAAAAAUGUUCCUUCUCCAUGUUCUUCUGCUCCGGUGUAGUUAAUAAACCACCCGCUGAAU